CACGAUGAUGGCGGAGCAGGUGAAAUGCGCCUCGGUGGGGGACGGCUCCGGAGCGGGCUCCGGGCCGGUGGUGAACGCGGAGCUGGAGGUGAAGAAGCUGCAGGAGCUGGUGCGCAAGCUGGAGAAGCAGAACGAGCAGCUGCGGAGCCGGGCGGCCAGCGCGGCCGCCGCACCGCACCUGCUGCUGCUGCCGCCGCCGCCCCCCGCCGCGCCGCCCCCCGCCGGGGCCUGCAGCCCGUUGGCUCCGCGGAGCCCCCCGGCCGCCGCUGCCGCCGCCUCGGGGGGACUGGGGCUGGGGCUGGCGUUGGGCGCUGGGGGCGGAGGCGGGGGCGGCAGCGGCGGCUCUGGCCCCGCGUUCCCGGGGACCUACUGCCUGCCCGGCCCGGCGCCCUCCCUGCUCUGCAGCCUGGCGCAGCCCCCCGAGGCGCCCUUCGUCUACUUCAAGCCGGCGGCGGGCUUCUUCGGCGCGGGCGGCUGCGGCCCGGAGCCGGGGGGCGCGGGGACACCUCCCGGGGCCGCCGCCGCGCCGCCCUCGCCGCCCCCCACGCUGCUGGACGAGGUGGAGCCGCUGGACCUGGAGAGCGUGGCCGCCUGGCGGGACGAGGACGACUGCACCUGGUUAUACGUUGGCUCUUCAAAGACAUUCCCGUCAUCAGAGAAAUCCCUGAGCCCUUUGCAGUGGUGUAGACAUGUCCUAGAUAAUCCGACUCCGGAGAUGGAAGCAGCAAGGCGUUCCCUGUGCUUUAGACUGGAGCAAGCUAGCCGAUGGCGGAGUCUCUUCCCUUCAAAUGUCUCACUGGCUUUUCCUUAUAGCCCUGUGGCAAGACUCAGCCCUUAUAGCAAUGGCAUUAAUACUCCCAGCUUCUCUAAAACCUCAAAUAAAGCAAUACUAACACCUGAAAGAACAGGUUACACAUCCAGGGGCUCCCCUCUGAGUCCCCAGUCAUCCAUAGACAGUGAGCUGAGUACUUCAGAACUGGAGGAUGAUUCUAUCUCCAUGGGAUAUAAGUUACAGGACCUCACUGAUGUUCAGAUCAUGGCUCGUCUGCAAGAAGAAAGUCUCAGGCAAGAUUAUGCUUCUACUUCAGCAUCUGUGUCGAGACAUAGUUCCAGUGUGUCACUGAAUUCAGGAAAAAAAGGGACGUGUAGUGAUCAAGAAUACGAUCGAUUCAGCCUGGAGGACGAGGAGGAAUUUGAUCACCUGCCACCACCUCAGCCUCGUCUUCCAAGAUGUUCACCUUUCCAAAGAGGAAUUCCCCAUUCACAGACUUUCUCCAGCAUUCGGGAGUGUAGGAGGAGCCCCGGUUCCCAGUAUUUUCCUUCGAAUAAUUACCAGCAGCAACAGUAUUAUUCACCUCAAGCCCAGACUCCAGAUCAGCAACCAAAUAGGACCAACGGAGAUAAGCUCCGAAGAAGUAUGCCUAAUCUAGCUCGGAUGUCAAGCACAACCGCUGUUAGUAGCAAUGGUAGUUCUCCAGUCACCGUGCGGAAUAGUCAGAGUUUUGACUCAAGCUUGCAUGGAGCUGCAAAUGGAAUUUCAAGAAUACAGUCUUGUAUUCCGUCACCAGGGCAGCUUCAACACAGAAUCCACAGCGUGGGACAUUUCCCAGUGUCUGUCCGGCAGCCUCUGAAAGCCACGGCCUACGUGAGUCCAACCGUUCAAGGCAGCAGUAACAUGCCUUUAUCCAACGGCUUACAGUUACACUCCAACACGGGGAUCCCUGCCCCCAGCAAAGCUGCGGCUUCUGGGAUAACGGGCCGCAGCGCACUCCCAAGACCUUCACUGGCAAUAAAUGGGAGUAACCUGCCUCGAAGCAAAAUUGCACAGCCUGUCAGAAGUUUCCUUCAGCCUCCAAAGCCUCUGUCUUCACUCAGCACUCUGAGGGAUGGAAACUGGAGAGAUGGUUGCUACUGAUGCAGUGCUAUGUAUGUCUGAACAGCUGGAAAGAAGUGGAAAUGAGGGUCGUGUUACCUAGCUGGCUGGGUAACAGCGGAUGUCGGGAUAUUCUUUCCCUUCUGCGUUUUACCAUAUUAACUGCAUUGUUUUUCAAUGGACCAAUCACCAGAGACUAAUUAUUGCACUUAAAUAUUUGCCUGAGAUACUGCAGCGUUCACAAAUCCAUGGUUGCAGUAUUGUGACACUUAGAGCUAGGAAGUUUUUGUAGAACUGAUAUGUACCUGAAUCCUUUUUGAGAGAAUUGAGAUGUAUUCAUCCAUAAUGCUUUCUUUCUUUGCCAUCUGAGUUUCUUAAAGUAACUUGUUCAAUUUACUUACAUGUUCUAAACAUCUUCCCAUUACAUGUUCUGUAUUUUAAUACAUUGCAUCUUUACAACCAGGUUCUAUAACGUAUGCUUUGAAAUUUACUUUUUUAUAGUUUACAGGAAUUUUAUUUUUUGUGCCUAUUUCUUUUUACACCUACGUGAACCACUAUGGAACAACUUAAAUUUUGUGCCAUAAAAAUAUUUUUGUGGUAAGGUACUAUUUUUUUAGCUCUAGGGAUAUAUCAGCAAAAAUCCAUCAUACAAUUUGAGAGACAUAAUUUUGUGUUGAAUGAGCACAAUGUAAUCUGGAGCCUUGAGCACUGAGACAGCCAGACAACAGCGUGGAAUGGUCUUGUUGUUUUCAUUGUUAAUUUAUUGUCAUACGUGGGUUUCAUAUUUAUAAUGGCAUCACAAGCUCAUUGCACUUAAUACCUGCAAUGUUUGCUACUGUACUACAAUUGAUUUUCAAUACUUUUACAGAAGAUGAAACUGUAACAUUUUAUUAAUAAUGCUUCUGGAAAUGAACGCAUUUUAAAGCAAAUAAAUCUUUUUGAUAGACCUUUUACAAAA